AUGCUCAAUACAACACUUCAUAAACAGAAAAAGAAGGUGAGCAAGAAAUCUCAACCUAAAAUUCACCAAAUUACCAUCUCUAAAUAUAUCAAUGAUAAAUAUGCUCUAAAAUCUGUUGAAUUGGGAACUGGUUCCUUUGGGGAUGUUUAUUUGGGAGAGGAAACAGAUCCGAUCACUAGAAAGAAGAGAGAUGUGGCUAUUAAGAGAGUGAGAUUGGAAAGAUAUGGUCCUGAACAUUUCAAAUAUUUGGUGGCAGAAAUUGAAAUUAUGGCUGGUUGUCAAAAUGAGUUUGUCAUGUCACUUGUUGAUAAAAUUGAAAUUCCAAGAAAGGAACUCUAUUUGGUAAUGGACUUGUGUGAGGCAAAUUUUAAAUAUUACAUGAAUAAUGCACGAAAGAGGAGGCAAGAUAAGAGAUUGCCUUUACUUUCAGAGAAGGAAAUUCAAUAUUGGAUAAAACAAAUUAGUAGUGGAUUGGGAUAUUUACAUUUGGAAAAGAAGAUUUGCCAUCGUGAUAUUAAACCACAUAAUUUGCUACUCAAGAAAAAGGGUCACGAAGUUGCUUUUGAUUUCUAUGCCAAGAUUGGAAAUUAUGAUGAAUAUACCAUUCUGAUUAGUGACUUUGGUCUUUCCAAAGUGUUGGAUAGCAAUCCAAUUGCAGAGACAAUUCUUGGAACUCAAUGUUAUAGAUCUCCACAGCUGGCACUCUUCCAACCAUACUCAUUCGAUGCAGAUAUAUUUGCUUUGGGUGUGGUGCUGUUUGAAAUGAUUGCUGGUUACUGCUUGUUUGGUGCUCAAGUUACUAAUCCAAAGCCAAAAUAUGGUGAAAUUAUUAGUACUUUAACAGAGAAUAUUGACUGGAGCUUUUUAUCUGAUGCACUUGAUAUUUCUCCAGAGCUGGUAGAUCUUCUCUCUGGCAUGUUACAAUUUGAAGUCAUUCCAUCUGAAACUAUACCAACUGUAUCAUAUAUUGAAAUUCCUCUUACUACCACUACUACAACUGACAAUGAUUCUCCAAACAACUCAACUCAACAACAGCAACAAGUUCCUGUACAAAUUAUACUACCAACCAGCGAGGAAGAAAAAGAAAAAGAAUUGCCAGUUAACGAACCAAUCCAAGUAAUACAGUUGGAACGUGAUGAGCCAACUCCUACAACCUUUUCAGAAUUUGUCUCCUUCUCCUAUGAAAGAGUUGGACUGCCCCAAGAUUAUACACGAGUAAGCAUUAUCAAGGAUGAGAUUGGUUGUGAACCUGCCCUUGUUAAAACUGAAAAAAUUUCCAAGAGCAAACACUCCAAAGUUCUCAUUCUUCUCAGCAGUGACAGCAACAAGGCAAUUAAUUAUUCAAUCAAGGUACUAGAGUCGCCAGUCAAACACACACAAACAGGAACAGUUUCUUCUACUGUGGAAUAUGAAUUGGAGAAUAUUGAAAUGGAAAUGAUUACUCUAGAGUUUGAAUUUACUCAUUCUCUCACCAACAGAUGGCUUUCUUAUUUCACAACUCCAGAACAGAUUCCAUUCACUAUUGAAAUUUAUGUUCAAUCGAGAAUUCCAGAACAUACCUCAACUCUUUCUAUUGAAUCAAUCAAUUAAAAUUAUUUGUGACUCUUUCAGAAUUGUGAAAUUGAGAAAUUUGUAUGAGAACAAUUAGGAUAAAUGUAAAUUUGCAGUUGUUAACUAUCCAACGCCUACUGACCUUUCUUUUUCAAUAGCAAAGUUUAUAAAGUACAAGUUUACAACAUGUUCCUUUGCUUACGGUUUCAAUUAGAAACCAUUCGAAAUUAGAUGAAUUCAACUCAUUCAUUUUAGAAGAAUGUUCUCUUAACUUCCCAAGGGCGCCAUCAAUUAAAACAAAAAAACCUUCAAAU